AUGGCAGAUGUGUUUGCUAUGGAGAGAAUACAGAAACUCUGGAACAUAUGUUGUUUUUUUGCAGACAUGCAGAAUUCAUCUGGAAAGUUGCACCUGUCAGAUGAAAUGGAUUGUUGGACUUCAGACACAACUUUUGGCUUUGGUGGAAUAGUGUGGAAGUCUAGAAGUAGUAUCCAGUUUAACAGAGAAGGAAGGUGUCCUGGAGAGACUGUGAAUAAGGCAUUGCUGGAAUGGUUAGAGUAUAAGAACGUAGGGAGUGAGGAUGAUUCUAACAAGAAAAGAGUGGGGAAAGGGAUUGUGGCCAGAAAGGAUGAUGGAGGUUUGAUUGGGGCAUGGGCAGAUAGUGAUGACAAACUGGGGGAACCGGUUGUGGAGGAAGCUCUGGCUAUCAGGCAGGCUUUGAACAUUGCUAAGCAAAAGGGUUGGAGAAAGGUCUUGAUACAGUCUGACUACAAAGGUAUAAUUGACAAAAUUAAUGCGAGAAAGGCAGAGGAUCCAAAUAUUGGAGUCAUUCUUUUUGAUAUCUUGAAGCUCAGACAAGUUUUCACAGAAUGUUCCUUCUCCUUUAUCAAAAGAGAAGGUAACUUUGUAGCUCACCACUUAGCAAAAUUUGCCAUUAACCUGAUGAACGACUUUGAGUGGCAGGAUUCUUUUCCUGAAUGGCUGACUAGUUUAGCUAGAAAUGAUGUAGGAGCAAGUGCUCCAGCUUUGUAA